UACAAUGGAUCAAACGAGGGAAUUAUUAAAAUCUAAUAACAAAAUUCGUCGAAAAACAGAACUAAGUUCCAAGUUUACAAAAGUGGACUCACCAUUGGCCAAAUAUGAUUCUUCGGGAAACCUAUCUUGCGUUUUGUGUAGGAUUCCCAUCAAGUCCAACGUUUGGAAAGUUCACCUCAACUCAAAACAACAUAAACAGUUUGUGGAAUUGGCCAAAAAACAGCGAAUAGAAGCGGAAAAUACUUCAAAAACGUCAAAGGCCUUAAAAACAACUAAAUCAGACCCUGUACAGGAGAAGGCGCCAAUAACCACAGAAAACGUAAUUAAAAUUGAUGCCGUAAAGUUGCACAGCAUUCAAUCAGAGGACGCUCCAGCUAAUCAAAGUUCACAAAACGUAUUACCGGAAAAGUUCUUUGAUCAAGAAAAAUCUACCAAUGCUAACGAUCGCGAUACAGAAGCAGAAUGGUUAAAAUUUCAGCGCGAAAUAAGAGAAGCAGACACUGUAUCGAAUAUUAUAGUAUCUGAAGAACAGGAUAGUUUAAAUAUAAAACGACAUUUAAAAGAAAUUGACGAACAAAUGGAAAACUGGAAGAGAUUUGAAAAAAUAAAUGAUAAAAAGAAUUUUCUUUUAAAAAAACAGCGCAAAGAAAAAAGACCAGUACAAUUGGAUGUAGAGUCGAGCUCUGGUGAAGAAUGCAGUGUAGACGACUUACUGGAUUGGAGAAUUAAAAGCGUUCACAAGUAGGAAGUGCUUUUAUAUUAGAAUCAAAUAGAAUAAAGAAAAAAAUUACGUAUAUAAAGACGAA